GUACUCGAUUUCUAUCCAGACAUCCCUGCUUCUAAGUAACACCCACUAUACCUUCGCUUUCUGAGCUUACUACCAUUCCAGAGAUGCCUUCUAACAACACCAAACGUUCGGCUGUUCGGUGUCACCCUAUGACUACCCGAUCUACCGCCGCCUGGAGGGGAACGAGCAGCGCCUCAGAGAGCGGCUCAUCGGAGAGCAGCGUCCCCGAUAGCAGCCCUGAUAACUCUCCCGCACGAAGAAGCGACAUGCCUAAUCCCAGCAGAAAGCGUAGGCGUGGCGCCUCGGAAUCCGAAGAGACAGAGGCUUCAUCGUCCGUCAUAAGGCCCAUGAAGAGGCUCAAGGUUUCCAAGGGACGCGCCUCAUCUCCCGUCGAUAGUGAAGAUGCCGAGGGCUCAUUGCCCAUUAGGCGACCGAUGAAGAAGCUCAGCAUCUCCGAGAGACGCUCCUCAACUGACAUUGAUAGUGACGAUGACGCUGGCGAGACCCCGAGCCUCCCCGAACUGGGGGACGAACUAGACGGCGGCAAUGCUGCCCCCAACACACCAUUGCCAACCUUGCACGUGCGCUCCGACGGGUUCUGGCCCACGAUCCGCAACGAUUACCUCCGCUCGCUGGAGGACGAGAGUAUCAGGGUCGACAUUCCCUGCGUCAUCUGCGGCGACGAGUGCGUCGUCGAUGGACAGUCGCGCUGGGAGCUGCGGAGGCCGGAGGGCAUGGGCAGGGAGAUCCCCGCGAUCCUCUGCUGUGGCCACAUAAUAGGCGACGAGUGCCUGGAGAAAUGGAGACGGACGAGGCGAGGGCAAGGAGAACCUCCCAGCUGCCCCAUCUGCCGCAUGCCUCUCCAGUGCUCCGACUGCGGGGACGCCAUGCCCGGCUGGCCCCUCACGCGGGACAUCCCGGUCGGGGGGACCAGGACCCUCCAGCAGGGCGGCCACCGCGUCACGCGCUGCAACGGCUGCGAGGCGGAGGUCAGGCUCGGGGAGGUGAUGCGGCUGAGCCACCACGCCGAGGGGGGGCGUCCGGACGUACCCCGCCUGUUGCAGGAUUGGUUUGACGCGACGAGGGACCGCGCCGCGGCCGAGGUGCGGGCGGGCCGGUGCGGGCACGUCGCGUCAGAGGACGUCACCGACCUUGUCCUGGACGGGACAUUCAUAGCCAUGAGGAAGCGUCUAGACGACUUUGAAGAAGAGGUGCACGGCUGCGUGGAGGAGACGCUGGACUUGAUCGAGCGCGAUCUGGACCUUCGCUUGCCGUGGAACCACCCCGUACCUUUGGAGGAGGAGGAGGAGGAGGAGGAGGACAAUGACGACUGGUGGCUGGAGAACGUUUAUCGUUGGAGCCCUUACAACCUAUGA